UUUUAACUGAGCCCAUCUCCUGAAUGAGCUGAACGUUUUGAGAAAUGAACAGCUAACAAUCUGCAGAAGUGGUUAGACAACAUAAAGUGUACAGAAAAAUAAAAGCUAUAAGUGCUGAAUCAGCGUUAACACAGUUCAGAUGAUGAAUUUUGCUGCAGCUUGUUUUUAAUCUCCAUCAGUUUAAAUAUCUGCAUCUUGAGUUAAACGGCUAAAAAAGCUUUUAACAAACAAAACAAUUGUUUUAAUCAUCUGUGGAUCAGCUGAACUGUGUGUGUGUGUGUGUGUGUGUGUGUGUGUGUGUGUGUGUGUGUGUGUGUGUGAUCACUUGAUCUGAUUACCUCCACUCUGUGUGUACAGAUGAGUUAUGUAAUCAGCUGAUCCUCAGCAGCACCUGCAGUGUUUGUUUCAUUCAGGAUUUUAAUGGGAACUGACCCGGAUCAGUUCAGUCCUCUGACCCAUGAUCCUCCCACUGGGUCACAGAACCAACCCCUCCAAUCUGAUUCUGACCUGCAUUAACUGAGAUCAAACAUUUCAGUGUGGACCAGUUAGACCAGUGAAUUACACUAAUCACCAGUCUGACCAUCAUGUUAGUCUCUGUAUUAAACUGUAGAACUGUUCAGCCUGACUAUAAAUUAUUUAAUGAUUUGUGUGGUUAACUACAGCUGCUAAACACACCACCUGGUGCUCCUCGUGCGGUUUGAUCUGUUGAAAAGUCUAGUUUUACAGCGCGGGCUUUUAUUUUGAAGGCUGAACUUCCGGCGUCCUGCCUGUCCCAGUUCCGGUUAGCUUGACUCAGCGGGGGUGACGUCUGCGUUACCUCGGGUUAUAAACACGGGCGGUCCGGUCCGGUCCGGUGCCCUUCCCUCUAUGACCCUCCGUCAGAACAAACACACCGAACUUCAGAGUGUCCAGUGGGACCGAACAGAACCGAACCGGAACCCGUCCUCCCGGUCCUGACGGCAGCCUUCGGAGUUGACCGCGGAGCUGCGCAGAGAUUCCCCGGGGGUGUCCCGCCGCAUAAACAGCACCGACAUAACGGUCCCGACCCACGCGUGGGGGGGUUCUGUGUUUGAUGUGGGUUCUGCAGGGAGACCAGGUACCAUGGAGGUUCGGCGGAGCCCGUCCCGGGGCUCCGGCACCGUGAGGUAACUGGAGCGAGACGGGAGUGCCUGACAAAGCGGCGACCUGUUGCUGGUUCCCGGUGACGCAGCGAGGAUGAGCGGCGGCGCCGGGCUGCUGCUGCUGCUGCUGCUGCUGGGCGGCCGUGCUGCCUUCACGGUCUGCAGGUCCCUGAACGCACCGCGGGACCUCCUGCCUCUGGACGGACAGAGGGACGGAGCUGUGGCAGGCGUGGACAGACGGAGACGUCCCGUCCUGGAGAAGACUCGUCCCUUCGUCUUGUUGGAGGGACAGAGACGAAGCCUGGCUGAAGCUUUACAG